AUGGGUGGAAUUGGUAAGACCACCCUGGCUAACAAGGUGUUCACUGAUCCCUUUGUUGUUUAUCAUUUUCAUGUCCGUGGAUGGGUCACUGUUUCCCAAACAUAUGACAAGAGGGAUCUUUUGAUUCAAGUUCUGUCAUCCAUAGAUGAUCAGUUAAAGCUUGAGAAAGAAACAGACUCUCAACUUCAUAAAAUGCUGCACAGGAGCCUAUACUGUCAGAGAUAUUUGAUUGUCAUUGAUGAUAUCUGGAGUAAAGAGGCAUGGGAUAAGCUGAAGUUGUUUUUCCCUGACCAUAACUCUGGAAGUCGAAUUCUGCUUACCAGUCGCCUCACUGAAGUUGCAGCACAUGCAAAAUCACAUGGACUCGUUCAUCAUUUAAAACAUUUGACAGAAGAAGAAAGCUGGGAGUUGCUGUGUGGAAAGGUGUUCCAAGGAGACGAAUGUCCCGAAUGGUUGAUUUGCAAAAAACUGUCAUGGAUUGCCGCUUUCUCUGAUUCUGAUGGCAGGCGUUUUAGCAAAAGAACUAAGGAACAAAGAUCUGUGGCUAAAAAUUUCUUGCAGUGUCCGAUCGUACAUUCUUAG